UUCCAGCUCUGUUUUUCAAAGGAGUCCUCAAACCAAAAGGCUUCUUCUUCUUCGGGAUUGAAUUUCUGGUGCUCCAUCUACGAGUGGAUGCCGUUGACAGGCAAGGUCACAGACCCCAGCAGGAAAACAGAGAAAGCCAUUUGGUAUUACACUUUUGGGGAGGUUCCUGUUAUUGUGCAAACGCACUAAUAAUGUCAAGAAUGUACCUGUAAAAUCUCAGUGCAGGCGGAGCUGCUGUCUAACUUUAGUUCCAUACAUUGGCUUCACGCUUGUUAUUUCAAUAUAAUUUUCAAGGCAGACAGGUGUGGAGGUUAGGAGACAGGAAAAAAAUGAGUGCAAACAGCACCCUUUUGGACCGGAUCAUUUUCCAUCCCACUUUGUGUGAGGGUUGGAAGCACAGUAUGGAAGGAGCAGCCUAUCACCUUGCCGGUUGCAUCCUCCUCCUGGGAUAUAUGGGGGGAAGUGGAACCUUUGGCUCCAUCUACAUCUUUGGCUUCUUGGUUGUUGGCUUCCUCUGCUAUGCUGUUUGGGGCUGGCUGAAUGCUUGUGGACUAGACAUCUUCACUUGGAACAUGCUUUUAGUUCUGAUCUGUUUGCUUCAGUUAGCUCACCUAGUUUACCAGCUCCGCAAAGACACCUUUGCUGAAGAAUUUGACCUACUCUACAAGCAGGUCUGCCAGCCUCUGCAAGUGCCCCUUCAGGUCUACAAAGAAAUAGUCAAGUGUUGUGAAGAACAGGUUGUGCCAUUGAUGAAUGAUGAGACCUAUGCUGUGGAAGGCAAGACAUCCAUUGAUCGUCUGUCAUUCUUACUGUCUGGCAGGAUCAGAGUAAGCCAGGAUGGACAAUUUCUGCAUUAUAUCUUCCCAUAUCAAUUCCUUGAUUCCCCAGAAUGGGAAUCACUGAGACCUUCUGAGGAGGGAACAUUUCAGGUCACCCUGACAGCAGAGACUGACUGCAGUUUCAUCACCUGGCCAAGGAAGAAGCUGUACCUGCUUCUCGCAAAGGAGCGCUACAUUGCCCGCCUCUUCUCCGUCCUCCUUGGCUAUGACAUCUCGGAGAAGCUGUAUGCAGUGAAUGAAAAGCUGUUUGCCAAGUUUGGCCUCCGGUUCGACAUCCGUCUGCCCAGCAUCUACCAUGUCUUGGGACCUGCCUCAUCAGACACUGAGGUGGAGAAAGAGCCAGGGGAGUGUGAAGAGCCCCCAGUGUCCUUAAGCCACUCACCUGCCUUUGUCCAGACAGCUCCUGUGGCCCCUUGCCCUGUGCCUCUUCCUGCCCCUCCCAGGAAACCUAGGCCUGACAGUGACCUGUCUGGUGAGGACUCUACCAGUCUCGUACUGGAAGAUUUUGCUGAAUUGACAGGGUCUUUUAUGGACUAUAUGAGCGAAGGGGAGUAUAUGAAGUGAGGGCACUUCUAACAUGGGCACACGUCACACUAACUUCUGGAAGCCUCCUGAAAACUAGUCGUCUGGCUCUCACAAAAGGAAGAGCCCCUCUGGCUCCUACUCAGACCCCGGAACUAUAGAGAACAACAAUGGAAUGGUGAAGGCUCACACAAAAUCAUUUGCUCACUCUCAUCUAAUCAGAA